AUGCAAGGAAGGAUGUGGCAAGUGAGUUGGGCGCCACAUGCUAAUGCCGAAUCGCCGGGUGACGGAAGAGGGUGUAAUUACGGUGUAACUACGCUGGAUGUGGGAGCGCUAGAGGGCAGGAACGGCUAGGUGUUACAUAACUCACUCGAUCCCUCCCCUGCUGCUGAGCUGUGCUGCCCUCGGAUCGCGCGAUAAAAGAGAAGGAAGCAAGCGGUGACUUUCUGAACCUUGGCUGGAUCCCUGCUGCCCUGCCCUAGUCUGCUUCCGCGGCCCCCUCCCGCCUCGAGAAGCGAGCACAAACAAGCCACGUCACUCCCAAUCUAAUCAGUUAUCGCGUCCAUGAACACCAACACUGGCCCCGCCGCCCCGACCCAACAAUGGAGAAGCGUCAGUCCCUCCUUUCCAGCCCCUCCUCUCAUCAUCCCCCGCUGACAAUCAUCCGCUCUCCUCGGAAUACCCCUCGUUCGCAUCCAUCCCUUGUCUCCGCUGCUUCAUCCGUGCCCAGCCCGUACUGCCCGACAUGUACUCUGACCCACAGCAGACGGGCACGCCCAGUCGCCGCCCGUAUCCCACCCCCGACGACGCCUCGGGCACCAAGAAGGGAACGAGCCCGCCACCACUAUCUGGCGACUCACCGUAUGGUUACCAGCAGCAGUACCAGCAGCAGCAGGGGUAUGCCGCUCUGGGUCUCGGAUCGUACCCCUACACCCCAGCUCCCACCGGGAUAAAUCUUUCAGCUCCCUAUAACGCUCCCAGAUCUUCACCCUCGGCACCCUCGGCACGUCGCUCUUCAAGCCAAAAGAUUGCCACACCACCACAACCUCCACAGGCCAGUCCGAUUCCGUCAUCGUCGGCGAGGUACUAUGGCAGCGGGCCAGAGCCCCACUCUUCGCCAUAUCCCAGCUCUGCCCCUCCUCAGACUCUCACCCACCCGUUCAGCGUCCCAGGCCAGCCACCGUCGGCACAUCCCUCUUACCAGCCGUAUCCCUAUGAGCCACAACAAGGCCAAUGGGUUCAGUAUCCCAGCGGCUUUCCCCAUCAGCCAAGACAUCCUUCUGGUCCUUCGCCCACAGUCCACCAAAGCCCGUCACUGGGUGAAAGACCGGCACUGGCACCGGGCUACGAGUACCCUUCGUCGUCGUAUCAUCAAUGGCAAGGGUCGGAUGCCAAGCCCGCGCUUCCUAUGGGCCACUGGCAAAACGGUCAACGUCUGUCCCAAUCCGCUCAGCCCCCGCAACAAUCAAACGCCGCUUCACAAUCUCCUCAUGCGCAAAGCUCGUCGCCGAUGUUUCAGCAGGGCCAGUGGGCGGGGUACCCUUCCAUGUCGGGGGUGCCGCCGCAUACGAUGGGCGGGAAUGGGAUGAUGGGUGCGCAACCGUAUUGGAUGCAGCAGCAACGGCAGCCGGGUUGGCAGGGGUACUAUCCGAGUGCCUCACAGCCUGCGCCCGAUGGUGCUCCCGCUCCGGCUGCUACCGCAGCUUUGACAAAUACAGCGCUGCCGCCCCGGGAUCCUUCAACCCCCGCACCUUCUACGCCCAAGACGGUUCCAAGAAAGAGAUUGGGCAAAGAACCGAAGAAGAAGAAGGUAGAGCCUGGCCCCCGGUCUCCCGAGGCGCCUCAAGUGCCUCAAGAGUACGCUGGUCUAGGCAAGCGGCUAUCAGAAGAUGAGUUGGAGGAAAAACAAGACAAGGAAAGCGGGGGUCAUUCAAAGAGGAAGAAGAAACAGGCCCAGGUGGAGGAGCAGCCGCCAGAGGAAGAUUCUGAAAGGAUAGAACGACCGGAAAAGCCCGUGGCGAGGCCAAAGUCGAAACUCCACCCUCCUAAGCAAGCACCCUCGGCCUGGCAGCUCUUUUUCGCAGACGAGCUUGCCCAGGCCAAGACCCUCGAACCGCCGCCCGACACCUCGCCUGGCGGUACCGUUCACCCGCACAAGUUUAAUGUCGCCAAUAUAGCCAAAGAGGCUGGGCAGAAAUAUGCGAAUCUGAGCGCCGAACGAAAAGCCUAUUAUGCCGAAAAGGUAAAGAUAGCGCGGGAGCAGCAUGCAAAGGCGCUGCAGGCUUGGCAAGCGACCUUGACGCCAGAAGAUGUCCGGCUCGAGAAUCUCUUCAGGGCCCAGCAGAGGAAGGAGGGCAAAUCGAGAAAGGGCAAUAUCAAGGAUCCCAACGCGCCCAAAAAGCCGUUGAGUGCAUAUUUCUUGUUUCUCAAGGCUAUAAGGGAGAAUCAAGAGAUCAGGGAUCAAGUCUGGGGAGAGGCGGUUGCCACGACAAAGCAGAGCAUACUCGCGGCUGAAAAGUGGAGAAACUUGACAGAUCUGGAAAAGAGGGUGAGUCAUAAUUACUACUGCGUGAAGUGUGCUGAUCCGAGUGGAUAGCCGUAUCUGGAACAAGCCGAGCUGAGCAAGCAGGCUUAUGAAAUCGCUCGAAAGCAAUAUGAGGAAGAGUCGGCCGCUCGAGCUCGCGGGGAAGACAUUCCUGUCAGGACUCCAAUCGACGUCACUUCAUCCCCUCCCAAACCUCCAUCAUCCAUCCUGCAGACCCGGCCACCCACCCAACCAAUACAGGUCCCUCCCCAGAUAACGUCUUCUCCCAAACCGUCAUCUUCCGAUCCUCUGUCUGACCCAGUGCUGAGUGUUGGGCCUCUGACAACGCCGGUGAUGGCUACGUCGGCAAACCCCAUGCUGUCGGUCGCGCCGAUAGGAAUAUCGCCCCAAGAGGUGAAACCUCCCGUGGCGUUUACCGACCUUGCGCCUCCGUCCCCUCCUGCGGGAGAUUUCGAAAGUUCUAUCGGGUACGUUUUUGACUUCAUUGCUGAAUCAUAAUCAGCCUUUUACACUUCGUUUUUGUUCAAUUCCUCUUUCGUCUGAGGAGGCUAUUCGAUGGCCUGGACGGUACUGUACUCGUACACUUCAUAUGUUGUUUGAAUUGCGUGGUUAUAAAUUAGUCGUUUCCGGUUUCUUCGUUCUCAGAGCUUCGGGCGAUGAGAUCAUUGUAUAUAAUUCGGGACAGGGUAGUCGCGAGGAUCUACGAGUACAUAUCUACAGAUUAUCAUAGUUGCGUUAUAGUGCGGCAUGCGAGAAAAGAAG